GGGGAAAAAGGAAAAAAAAGGAAAUCCGGAUCCAGACCGACCACUGAAACACAAAAAAACCAGGGGCAGUUUCGAAAGCUGCAUCCUCUGGUAUAUAAACAGCCCCAUCUCGCCCUGCCCUUCAUCAAAAUCAAAAGCAGAGCACAGAUCGAAAGAAGAAAAAAUGAGUUCAUGUUCAUCAACGAGGGCUUGGGUUGUGGCCGCCAGCGUGGGCGUGGUGGAGGCCCUAAAGGAUCAAGGAAUUUGCCGCUGGAACCAUACCAUAAGAUCGCUUCACCACUGCGCCAAGAACCAUGUUCGGUCGCUGCCUCAGGCCACCAGAUUGAGUGCCUCCUCCUCCGCCAAGCACCCCAAGCAGUCCGAAGAAUCCCUGCGAACUGUCAUGUAUUUGAGCUGCUGGGGUCCCAACAAUUAAACCCCUGCUAUGUAAAUGGAUGGAUAUAUUAUUGAUACAGACUUUGAUCGAUGAGAGCCGCCGCCAGAGCUUCUAAUUGCCUUCUCAAUCGCCGGCGGUUCGUCGUCCGGCAAAAAAUACCGCCGGUCGAAUCUCUGGGAAAUUGUUGUUUAGCGAUGUAAACUAAAUUGGGUGUUUACUGUUAAUGAAAGUUAAACAAUCUCCCCUUACUCUC